UUGGUAUUUGUUCUUUCUGGUGAAUUGUAUGUUUUCUAAUUUUGUCUUUACAUGCAGAUUGCCUAAAGAUCAAAGGUAGUAAUGAGAAAUCAUACAGCAGUAACAACUUUCAUCUUGCUGGGACUUACUGAUGACCCACAGCUGCAAGUUCUGGCUUUCAUCUUUUUAUUUCUGACGUAUAUUCUGAGUGUAACCGGAAACCUGACCAUUAUCAUUCUUACUCUCACGGAUUCCCACCUUAAAACACCUAUGUAUUUUUUCCUCCGAAACUUCUCCUUCUUAGAAAUCUCUUUCACAACGGUCUGUAUUCCCAGAUUCCUGUACAGUAUAUCAAUUGGGGAUAAUACCAUUACUUAUAAUGCGUGUGCCAGUCAAAUAUUUUUUUUUGGACUCUUUGGGGCCACAGAGUUUUUUCUCCUGGCUGCCAUGUCCUAUGACCGCUAUGUGGCCAUCUGCAAACCCCUCCAUUAUAUGACCAUCAUGAACAGCAGAGUCUGUACUGUCCUUGUCCUCUGCUGCUGGAUCUCUGGGUUGAUGAUCAUCAUCACACCACUCGGUAUGGGCCUGCAGCUGGAAUUCUGUGACUCCAAUGCCAUUGAUCAUUUUGGCUGUGAUGCAGCUCCUCUUUUUAAGAUUUCAUGCUCAGAUACAUCGCUCUUAGAACACGUGGUUAUAAUUUGUGCAGUAUUGACAUUCAUUAUCACACUCAUAGGCGUGGUUCUUUCUUACAUAUAUAUCAUCAAGACAAUACUAAGAUUCCCAUCUACUCAGCAAAGGAAAAAAGCUUUUUCAACGUGUUCUUCUCACAUGAUCGUUGUUUCCAUCACCUAUGGUAGCUGUAUCUUCAUCUAUAUCAAACCUUCAGCCAAAGAGGAUGUGGACAUUAAUAAAGGGGUAUCCGUGCUCACUACAUCUGUUGCUCCUUUGUUAAACCCCUUCAUUUAUACCUUGAGAAAUAAGCAGGUAAAACAAUCUUUCAAUGAUAUGGUUAAAAAAAUUGCAUUUAUUUUCACAAAAGUAAGAGCACACUGAAUUUG